AUGGUUGACGGAAUCCUCUCCGUACCGCUCUCACCACCCAGCUCGCCGCGAAUGUCUGCGUACACCGCGACUCACGCUGAGUCUGAGUGGCACAGCCAAAGGCCGAAACCGGGAGACGCCAACGACGGGACCAUGGGCCUGCAAUAUUCCGAGGUAUCUGGACUCUCUCUUGACGCUCAGAAACGCCCGCCGCUGCGCACUCACAAGAGCUUCCCCUACAUGUUGAACCACCAGCCACAUCACUCCGCCCCCCAACAACCUGGCGCCUCUGACCAGUCUAUUGCCUCUCCACAGCCCCAGAGAGAUCGCAUCACCAUCAGCAACCUGGAAGGGUCGCCGCGGUCGUCUCUGCCGAAUGUAACCUAUGGUGGCUCGGCCCCCGCCAGCCCAGUCUCGAGGUUGACGCCACCCUCUCCGGAGGGAGAACGGGGUCAAAGAGAGGCCGAAAAUGACGCUGCCCUCUCCGCAAGUGGCGACGAGGGCGAUGACUCCAAGCCGAUGACCGCAGCCGAGCUGCGGGCGCAAAAACGAAAGAUGAAGAGAUUCAGGCUUACGCACAACCAAACUCGAUUCUUGAUGAGUGAGUUUGCCAGGCAGGCACACCCGGACGCUGCGCACCGUGAACGCCUAGCCAGAGAGAUUCCAGGAUUGAGCCCACGCCAGGUGCAAGUGUGGUUCCAGAACAGGAGAGCUAAGCUCAAGCGUUUGACGAGCGAUGAUCGCGAGCGUAUGAUGAGGUCAAGAGCACUUCCGGAUGAUUUCGAUAUGGCCCAGGCAUUACAUUCUCCUUUUGGCUCGGCCGGUCAUGGUGUUGGAACACCCAUGGCUUCGCCUGCCACAAAUUUUUCACCUAGCUUUCCUGAAGGCAACAUGGUCCGGCCUUUGAGCUUAGACAGCAUUCGUCGUUUCCCUGAGGGCCCGCAGAUGGCGCCAGCUGGUGUGCCUCCACCGUUUGGAGGCUAUUCGUUUACGCCUCCCCAGUCUGCCACCGACACUUCGUCUCCCGUUUCCGCAACUGGCGAGCCGAACCCUUUUGCUUAUUCGCAGUCCAUGGAGAGCAGCCCACGCCGACCGAACCCGUACGUUGGCGGUGUGCCUGCACCCCCACCGUAUCCGCAAUACCCGCAGGUUCCGCGAUUGCAGCUGCAUGAUCGUAUGGCCCGUACCAGGGCCGAGUCUCUUUGCUCUCCCCUGAGGACGAGCAUGUCAUACAGCAACGAUGGCACUCUGAGCCAGUCCAACAUUCAACAAGGCCAGAAUGCCGAGAACACCAGCAUGGGCGAGCACCGCAUGCCUCCUACCGGCCUUCCCAGCACCAGUUUGCCAGGAUCAAACGUUCCGUAUGGCCUGGGAUAUUCCUACUCGCACAUUCCUGGUUUCCAGUCGGGUGCGCAACAGCGCAUGCGGUCUUUCUCCAGCACCGUGCCUCGCCGCAUCGAACUGUCCCAGCACAGCGCUCACUAUCAGACCAGCCGAACCCCUGCCCCGUCAAACCCGCAAUCCGCCACCUUCCCAAACUAUCAAGGCUCCCCACUUUCCACGACUGGCGCGUACAAUCAGUCUCCUCUGAUGAGUGCGCCGCACACUGUCUCUACGUUCAGCAACUCGCCAGGUUACAAUGCUCCAUACGGCCAGGCCCCUCAAAGCGGACAGAGCGAUCAGUAUCAAUCGGCGCCUGUCUUCAGUGAAGUUGAGGGCUCGAGUCAGCAGACCGAAAGCAGUGGACUUCCGCACCAAUACUAA